GGCGCGAGGACCCUGGCCCCUGUGUGCCGGGUGGGUUGUUUUCAGGAUAUUUUCCAUGUGUAGCAUGCGUGCCUCAGUUUCCCCGAGGUGCUGCUCGAAGAACGAGGGGGCGGGGCAGGCAUCUGUGUAGAAGGCUCCAGAGAUCCAAGGAAACUGAGACCCCGUCCCAUCUCCCCCUUCCCUGCCCACCCCAUGGCACCCCACCAGCCCUGGCUGCUGCUCCUCCUGCUGGCCUGGCCACCCCCGGGCUCCUCCGAGACCCACUAUCAGCCUGGGGACCCCGUUGUGCUCUACGUCAACAAGGUGGGACCCUACCACAACCCUCAGGAGACCUACCACUACUACCAGCUGCCCGUGUGUUCUCCGGAAAAGAUCCGUCACAAGAGCCUGAGCCUCGGGGAGGUCCUGGACGGGGACCGCAUGGCCGAGUCCAUGUAUCAGAUCCGCUUCCGAGAGAGCGUCGAGAAGACGGUCCUGUGCGUGAAGACGCUCACGCUGGAUCAGGUGGAGCGCCUGCGGCAGGCCAUUGAGGAGCUGUACUACUUUGAGUUCGUGGUGGACGACAUCCCGCUGCGAGGGUUCGUGGGGUACAUGGAGGAGAGCGGCUUUCUGCCCCACAGCCACAAGAUCGGGCUGUGGACCCACCUGGACUUCCACCUGGAGUGGAAUGGCGACCGCAUCAUCUACGCCAAUGUCAGCGUGCGGGACGUCAAGCCGCACAGCCUGGAUGACGUCCAUGGGCCUGGGCCCCUCUCCCUGACCUACACCUACAGUGUCCGCUGGUCUGAGACGGCCUCGGAGCGGCGGGGGGAGCGGCGGGGCCGGGGGGAUGAUGGGGGCUUCUUCCCCCGCACCCUGGAGAUCCACUGGCUCUCCAUCAUCAACUCCAUGGUGCUGGUCUUUCUUCUGGUGGGCUUCGUGGUGGUCAUCCUCAUGCGGGUGCUGAAGAACGACCUGGCCCGGUACAACCUGGACGAAGAAGCUUCCUCCUCCUCCGGGGACGACUUCGACCAGGGCGACAACGGCUGGAAGAUCAUCCACACCGAUGUCUUCCGCUUCCCGCCCUGCCGCAGCCUCCUCUGCGCCGUCCUGGGCGUGGGCAGCCAGUUCCUGGCACUAGGCACCGGCAUCAUCGCCAUGGCCCUGCUGGGCAUGUUCAACGUCCACCGGCACGGCGCCAUCAACUCCGCCGCCAUCCUGCUCUACGCCCUGACCUGCUGCAUCUCCGGCUACGUCUCCAGCAACUUCUACCGGCAGGUCGGGGGCGAGCGCUGGGUCUGGAACAUCGUGUUGACCACCAGCCUCUUCUCCGCCCCCUUCUUCGUGACGUGGAGCGUGGUGAACUCGGUGCACUGGGCCAAUGGCUCGACGCAGGCCCUGCCGGCCACCACCAUCCUGCUGCUGCUGACGGUCUGGCUGCUGGUGGGCUUCCCCCUCACCGUUAUCGGGGGCAUCUUCGGCAAGAACCGGGCCGGCCCCUUCGACGCACCCUGCCGCACCAAGAACAUCGCCCGCGAGAUCCCACCACAGCCCUGGUACAAGGCCACGCUGGUGCACAUGACCAUCGGGGGCUUCCUGCCCUUCAGUGCCAUCUCUGUGGAGCUCUACUACAUCUUUGCCACAGUGUGGGGCCGGGAGCAGUACACCCUCUACGGCAUCCUCUUCUUCGUCUUCGCCAUCUUGCUGAGCGUAGGCGCCUGCAUCUCCAUCGCCCUCACCUACUUCCAGCUCUCGGGCGAGGACUACCGCUGGUGGUGGCGCUCAGUGCUCAGCGCCGGCUCCACCGGCGUCUUCAUCUUCCUCUACUCCGUCUUCUACUACUCGCGCCGCUCCAACAUGUCGGGUGCGGUGCAGACCGUGGAGUUCUUCGGCUACUCCCUUCUCACCGGCUACGUCUUCUUCCUCAUGUUGGGCACCGUCUCCUUCUUCGCCUCGCUCAAGUUUAUCCGCUACAUCUACGUCAACCUCAAGAUGGACUGAGGGACCCUCUCCAGUUGGCCAUGGUGGCUGGCCAACUGGUGGGCACGGUUAAAUAUGACUUCCCUUAAAGAUCUCUCUCAUUGGCUGGGGCUUCUGUGGAGUUCCCUUCCCAUUGGCCACGAUGCUUGGCCAGCUGGUGGAUAAAGAUGGCGCUCUUAAAGAUCUCUUCUCUCAUUGGCUGUAAUGUCUGGCCAGUCAGCAGCUAUGGAUCCUCCAAAGAGCUCCCCUUCCAUUGGCUGGGACUGUUAAAGAGCUCCCCUCCCAUUGACCAGGAUGUUCAGCCAAUUGGCCGGCAUGGCAAAAGAUGGCAACCCUAAAAAGCACCCCUCCCAUUGACUGGGACCAUUAAGGAUCUUACCCUCCUAUUGGCUGAAAUGUCUGGCCAGUCACAGGGCACCAUUAAAGUUUGCCCCACCUCCCUCAUUGCCCUUCAUUGGGUAGGAUGAUCAGCUAACUGACCAGUUCACUGCCAGUGGGUGGGCCGGGAUGGGGGACCAGCUACUCCACUCCUAUUGGUCAGGAUAACUGGCCAAUCAGGUGAUGGGAAUGGACUGACUGGCCAAGGGCGGGGCCAGUCCGACAGAUCAAGACUCACCCCUUGAGGGGGGAGGGGGCAAGGUGUCCAGUUCCCUGGAUCCCCGUGAGAUUCCCUCAGGGGGUAAAGCUUGGAAGUGGAUCCCUCCCAAAGGGGGAGGCACAGGCAGAUCCCAUGUGGGGCUGCAAGUAGAUCCCCAUGUGAGAUCCCUGCAUGUGGUUAGGGCAGAUUGUGGAUCCCUGGCAGAUCUGCUGGAUCCAUGUGGGGUUGAGAGUGGAUCCAUUGUGGAAGCGAAUCCCCUGCAGUCAGCUGGCUCCCCUCUUGGGGAUGGGCCCCUACAGAUAGCUGGAUCCCCCGGUAGGAUGCUAGCAGAGGGAGGCCAAAUUCCUUGUGGGGCUGGGAGCACAUCCUAUGAUGAGAUCCCUGGUGGGGAGGAGUAGAUCCACUAUGGGCAAUUGGCUGGAUCCCUGGAGGCUUCCCCAGAUCAACUGGAUCCCACAUGGGGCUGGAAGUAGAUCCCUCCCAUGGCAAGCAGGAUUGCCUAGUAAGAUCUCCUCUUGGUGGCACAGAUCACAGGGAGGUCAGGAUCUAGUGGAGAGCGGAUCCCAUGUAGGGCUGGCAAAGUGUCCCAGAGACCUCAGCGGGGAGGGGCUAUACCCCGCAACCCCCCACCCCCAUUGCUGGCUGCGUGCAGACAUCUGUAGUGCUAUU